CGGUGCCCCGCGGCCGGAGGCCAAUGACGGCCGCUGCCGUCACGGCGCCGCGUCACGCGGGCGGCCGCCAAGAUGGCGAAGGUUUCGGAGAUGUACGACGUGACCUGGGAAGAUAUGCGUGAUAAAAUGAGAAAAUGGAGGGAAGAAAACUACCGAAACAGUGAACAGAUAGUGGAUGUUGGAGAAGAGUUAAUUAAUGAAUAUGCAUCUAAGCUUGGAGAUGACAUUUGGAUAAUAUACGAACAGGUGAUGAUUGCUGCCCUGGACUGCAGUCGAGAUGAUUUGGCACUGUUUUGUCUUCAAGAACUAAGGAGGCAGUUUCCUGGGAGCCAUAGAGUUAAGCGAUUAACUGGAAUGAGAUUUGAAGCUAUGGAAAGGUACGAUGAUGCCAUCCAAUUAUAUGAUAGAAUUUUACAAGAGGAUGCAACCAAUACAGCAGCAAGGAAGCGUAAGAUUGCCAUUCGAAAAGCCCAGGGGAAAAAUCUUGAGGCCAUCCGAGAGCUGAAUGAGUAUCUGGAACAAUUUGUUGGAGACCAGGAAGCUUGGCAUGAACUUGCAGAACUUUACAUCAAUGAACAUGACUAUGCAAAAGCAGCCUUCUGCUUAGAGGAGCUUAUGAUGACUAAUCCACACAACCACUUAUAUUGUCAGCAGUAUGCUGAAGUUAAAUAUACUCAAGGGGGGCUUGAAAACCUAGAGCUAUCAAGAAAAUAUUUUGCACAAGCACUGAAACUUAACAACAGAAAUAUGAGAGCUUUGUUUGGGCUUUACAUGUCUGCAAGCCAUAUUGCCUCCAAUCCAAAAGCAAGUGCAAAAAUGAAAAAAGAUAAUAUGAAAUACGCCAGCUGGGCAGCAAAUCAAAUAAAUAGAGCCUACCAGUUUGCAGGUCGUAAUAAGAAAGAAACUAAAUACUCCCUGAAGGCAGUGGAAGACAUGUUGGAGACCCUGCAAAUCACUCAGUCUUAAGUUGGCACAGAUGGUCCAAUAUUAAAUUUUCAGAUUCUUUGAUCAAACUUUAAUAACUUCUGGGUUAUGUUACUCCAGUACUGUUAAAAAUUAAUUUUGUAUUGAUUAAUAUGGCUACAUAAAAUGAUCCUGAGAAGUAAAAUGCCUAUUUAUUGCUGCUAUUUGAAAUGUGAUGAAUACCCACUGAAAUGAGUAACUUAUCAAAGUAGAUGACAUAAAGAAAUGUAAUGAGUUGCACAACAGUCUCUUUAGAUUUUGUAUGUACAGUACCUGCUUUUAAGCCAUAAUUUGUAGAAAUAAACUUGUUAAAUGACUAAAAGGAAUUACAGUGAUGUAUUGAACUUGUCAAUGGAAGCUACAAAUUUAUAUAUGGAGAUUAAUAACAUAUGUUAGAAAAUGUUAUCUUACUUGAAUAUUUAAGAGUUAAAGCAUGCUGCAGAUGUAUAAUUUGUUAACUGUUUACCAUACGAGAAGAGAUUAUUUUGCAUGAAUACACUUUAUUAGGGGAAAACAUUAAUGAUUUUAUGAAUUAUUUGAUAUCUGCUACUGUAGAAAUGGAGAGAACUUUUUUGUAUACAUUUCUUCAGAGGGUGUCCUGUACUGGCUUACGGCCAAAGACAUUUGUCUCUGUGGCUUUCUGGGCAAAUGUUUCCAUGUCCACUUAGUUCUCCAAUCAGUAAAUCCGUGUGCUUCUUUUAUUUCUUUUUUUUUUUAACUCCUUCUGUGUGUCCUUUGUUGUACACAUGUUCCACAUCAUGAAUUUAAAAACCAUCUGAAUACAGGGACUGCCUGCUGGUCUGUUCUAAUUUUACAGUACCUACAGUACUGCUGCAAGCUAUGGCAUAUGAGCUCCACGGUAACCAGGUGUUCCUGCACUGUAAGGUUGUUCUACUGCCUUAUACUUACUGGAGAAUGCAAGUAUUUUUAUAUCCAUAAGCAUGAAAGAUCUAGUGCACUGUAAACGUGUGUCAUGUUUGUCUUUUAGGAGCUUGUUUGUUUACUCAGAUAACUGGCCAAGCACCUUAAUCCACGCAUUUUGCAGUUCUGGUAAUUUUGUCUUGUGCUCCUUCUGUGGCACAGCUAUCAUUUAUGACAGCUUCAGUCAUGUUACAUAAUGGCAAUGUAAGCCUGACAGAUUCAAAUAAAAGUAAUUGCAGUGUCA